CUAUAAUAAAAUUAUAUAAAAUGUGGAACUUCACUCCGGCUAGUAAGAUUUGUUAUAUUAAAUCUCAAAUAAAGGUAUUAAUUAUUAAAGUAUUACAGUCCUAUGAUUAACACUUAUACAGUGUUAGAAAUGCAAAAUCUAUUGUAAAAACAAAUACUCCUUUCAAACCUUAUUUUUCUUCAGUUACCUCUAGACAUUAAAAUAAAUAUGAGUAUGUGCUAUUAUUAUUUAUUUAUGAUUUAGAGGUAAUAAGAUAUUAAUAAAAACAAUUCUAUACUUAUAGACAAGAUUGUUAGUAUUGACUUAAAAUAAGGAGAAUUAAAUAAGUAAAAAAUGAAAUAGAAAUUUAAACUGAAUUUAAGCAGACUAUCCAUUAAAAGAAAUCAAUAUGGAUCAAUAGAUUAUGAAAAUGUCGUAAGUAUUAAUAAUCAUGAUAGAAACUUUUUGAUAGGAUUUAAUCAGCUAAAACUUCAUACAAUAAAAAACUAUAAUUAAAACAUAAUUCUGAAUUUAAACAAUAUAGCAGAAAUAUUUCUUAAAAUGCUCGUAUUUAAUUUUUAUUAUUUUAUAUAGGAAGGUAUUCUAAUUCUAAUAUUUCUAAAUAAACAUAAUCAAAGUUGUCUGAAUAGUAAUCAAGAAAAAUCAAAGUAAGAUCAUCUUCUAAUACUAACUAAUAUUAAUAUUCAGAUGAAAGUAGCUGCUAUCCUGAUAAUUUAAUAUUUUAGUUUUGA